CGGUCGAACGGAGAAAGGCAGUCGCGGCGCGGAUAUUGCGGCGUCUGGCUGCAGUGGAUCGGAACAGAGCGCGUGGAGGACAGUGGAGAAACCGCGUGCCAUUGACAGGUCAACGAGAAUAGCGGUAGAGACUAUCGAACGAACGUAGAAACGAACGAAGAAACGUUCGUACUUAGUCCAACGAGAUACCACGUGUUUUGUUCGCGUAGAAUUUUAUUAACGUUCUCUCGUCUUCGCUAUCCUUCGUCCGUUUGUUGUCUGUCUUUCUUUCUCUCUCUCUCUCUCUCUCUCUCUUUCUUUCUCUCUUUCUUUCUCUCUCUCUUUCUUUCUCCGAAUUGAACAGUCAUUUGUUUCUACGAAGGAAGAGAGAGAUAGACAUACAAUUUGAACGUGCAGUUUGUCGCAGUAAUUUAUUCGAGAGAAGCGUGUGUGUCCUUCGAAAAAACCGUUUCAGUUUUUUCUCACUCUCUCUCUCUCUCUCUCUCUCUCUCUUUCUUUCUCUUUCUUUCUCUCUCGUUGGUUUGUGAAGUAGCACGCGCGCGCGCGUAGUAACCGUCAUACGAGUGUGUAUUUGUGCCACGCGGAAAGUGUCCACACAUACGACUUUCGCGGAAUUACGUCGAAGGAGAAACACAUCGAGACUCGACGGAGAUCGUUGAUGCUGAGUAGUGUCGUGCUCGUGCUCGUGCUCGUGCUGUCCAGGACGUUUACCUCGAUCGCCUUGACAUUGAGCUUGGUCUUGCCUGACGUUUCUCCUUUAGCUUUUUGAACCACGCAACGCCCCCUUUCAUCGCUCGACAACGUUCAAGAGGCUCACACGCUACAGUUCGAAUAAUUUCGACGACGGUUAUUUUCGUCAUCGAUUUAUUUCCGUCAUUCAGUUUUGGAAUAACGGAUUUGGUUUUGCGGCGAUCGCAUCCAUUUUAUUAAACGAACAUGACACGAGAUACAUAAGUGUAUUGGAUAAAAUGAACAAAGGAUAAUACAGGUCCAUCCGGAGAGAAGCGAUCCGUACUCUUCUCCGAUAAUUCGCUGUUCGCAUUGCCAAUAUCAUUGAGCCCAAGUACUCUGGAAUGUUAACGAGAGAGACCUUCCUUCCAUUCGAAGAGUGGGAGAGAAACGGACGACGUUGGAGAACAAAUCGCAAAGUGGAACAUCCGGGUGAGCAUUCAGUCCCGAGUGUAGUUGGCGAAACUACAAUGGCCGAGUUUCGUAGAAGCGACUUUGUUAACGGACGGCCAUCUCUCGCUCCAACGCCGCUCUGUCUCGCGUCGUUUUAACAUGAUAAAAAUGCGGUGACGUUAAAGCGUUAUUGAAGAAACUAUUUACAAAUACAUAUCAUCGACGCAUAUAUAUAUAUUGAUCGAAACAGUAUUAAGAUACAACAUAGAAACUAUAUAUUCAAAUUGAUUCGUUCAACGAUUGAUGCAUAUCACUCUUCAAGAAUACGUGAAAGUAUUAAGGGGAAAAAGAAAAAAAAGAGAAGAAGAAAAAGACGGAGGAAGAGAAGAAGGAAAAGAAGAGAAGGAAAUAUAUCAGUCUCUUUCGCUCGUAAUUUUUUUUUUUACUUUCUCCGUGGAAAGAUCGGCGAUGUAAAGUGGGAUCGAUUUGUUUCUUUGUUUUAUCGCGUUUAUAUAGGCGAGAGUAGAGUAAAGUGGCAACAAGUGUUGGGAGGAAGAAUGUUGCUGAGGUAACACGCAUAGAAACCCUUUGAGAAUAGCGAAGGAAGUAGGAACGAAAAGGAGGAAUUAUUGAGAGAAGGGAGAAAGGAUCGAGGAAGAGAAAAGGAAAGAGAAGAGAUACAGGAAGAUCAAGAGGAGCAAAAAUAAGAGGAUGGGCUUUCCAAGAAGAAGAUCAUUGUGGUUGAAGAUCGCCGUACUGGCGACGGCUGUUUGGAUCACUGUGUGUUUCCUUCUGUAUACGGAGGAUCGAGCGGCUGCUGCAGUGGCACAAGGUUUGGCAUCCUCUGGUGUCGCAGCACCUCCUCAGGUGGCUAACGGAUUCGUUCCACCGGCGCUUCCUCUUAAAAAGGAGACAUCUGGAAACGUACAGAACAAGGCCAAACUCAAUCAACCUGGUCUUGACCAAGGAGCCGUCUUGGUUGCUCCCCGUGACCCAGACGUGGCGGCACUUGGUGAAAUGGGAAGACCCGUUAUCUUACCGACGAACCUAACCGCGGAGAUCAAAAAGCUGGUUGACGAUGGCUGGGUUAACAACGCUUUCAAUCAGUACGCCAGCGAUCUUAUUUCAGUGCACAGAACUUUACCCGAUCCACGUGACCAAUGGUGUAAGGAGCCUGGAAGAUAUCUGAAGGAUCUUCCGCCUACUGCAGUGAUUAUUUGCUUUCAUAACGAAGCCUGGUCGGUUUUGUUAAGGACAGUUCACUCUGUAUUGGACAGAUCACCGGAUCAGCUUAUACAAGAAAUUAUUCUCGUUGAUGAUUUCUCGGAUAUGCCUCAUCUGAAGCGGCAGUUGGAAGAUUACAUGAUGAACUAUCCAAAGGUGAAGAUCAUUCGUGCUCAAAAACGAGAAGGUUUGAUCAGAGCUCGUCUACUCGGAGCAUCCGCUGCCAAAGCACCGGUCCUCACGUAUUUGGACAGUCACUGUGAGUGUACCGAAGGAUGGCUCGAACCUCUUUUGGAUCGAAUCGCACGAGAUCCAACGACGGUAGUUUGUCCGGUGAUCGAUGUUAUCGAUGACGCUACACUCGAGUACCAUUGGAGGGACUCAGGUGGUGUGAACGUCGGUGGGUUCGAUUGGAAUCUUCAGUUCAACUGGCACGCGGUACCGGAUAGAGAGAAGAAAAAGCAUAAGAAUCCGGCGGAGCCUGUUUGGUCGCCAACGAUGGCGGGUGGUUUGUUCUCGAUAGAUCGGGCUUUCUUCGAGAAACUCGGUACAUAUGACAGCGGAUUCGAUAUCUGGGGCGGUGAGAAUCUCGAGCUGUCCUUCAAGACUUGGAUGUGCGGAGGCACACUGGAAAUCGUACCGUGCUCGCACGUGGGUCAUAUCUUCAGGAAGCGUUCCCCUUACAAGUGGCGUAGCGGCGUGAACGUGCUCAAGAGGAAUAGCAUAAGGUUGAGUGAAGUGUGGUUGGACGAGUACGCCAAGUACUACUACCAAAGGAUAGGUCACGACAAGGGUAACUAUGGGGACGUAUCGGAACGAAAAGCCCUAAGGAAAAAGCUUGGAUGCAAGUCGUUUAAGUGGUACCUCGACAACAUUUAUCCGGAACUCUUCAUUCCAGGCGAAGCCGUAGCUUCUGGAGAGGUACGUAAUCUUGGAGAAGGAGGCAACACCUGCUUGGAUUCCCCGGCACGAAAGGCCGAUUUGCAUAAGGCAGCCGGACUCUACCCGUGCCAUCGACAAGGAGGAAAUCAGUACUGGAUGUUGAGCAAGAUCGGUGAAAUCCGUAGAGACGAAUCCUGUCUGGAUUACAGCGGCCAGGAUGUUAUUCUUUAUCCUUGUCACGGGAGCAAAGGAAAUCAAGAGUGGGUUUAUAAUUCUCAGACGAAGCAGCUCAGGCACGGUAGUAGCGACAAAUGUCUGGCAAUCACCGAAAGCAAGCAACGAUUGCUGAUGGAGGAAUGUUCGCCAUCUGAACCCAGACAGAGGUGGUCCUUCGAGAACUACGAUCCCUCGAAGCUGUGAUAUCGUGCGUACUCUCGUCGUCGAUCCAACGUUCCACUUCAAUUUCCUGAACAAGUCGUCCCAUUUCUCUACGGACAGAAAUUUUCCGUUGGCAAGACUCGCUUCGGAAGAUAGGCACAUAUAAUGCUGCGACGUACAAUACAACAAUUUAUAAAUUGAGACUAACGAUCAGCGUUCAAACAAGAAUCGUUGAAAUAGUUUUUAGAAAUUAGAAAUUUGUCUUCGACUUUUUUCUCUCUCUCUCUUUAUCUAUCUGUCUAUCUAUCUAUCUAUCUAUCUUUCUCUCUCUCUCUGUUUCUUUUUUCUUUUUUUUUUUGGUUUUUGUUUUUGUACUUUGUUUUUUUUCUAAGAACUCAUUGCGAAUCAUCGAGAUGUCAACAAUUUUUAUUUCAUAACGCGUUAAUCGAUUCUCGAUGAUUUUCAAUCAGCAAGUAAUUUACAUUUAAAGAUGAAACGUGUGUAUGUGUAUUUUUAAUGAACGACGAAUAUGAAAAGAGAGAAAUGAUAUUUUACGGUGCGACGACCUCGAGAAAACGAAUUUCGCUUAUCGGAUAUUCGUUCUUGCCUUGAACGACGCGUAUACGAAAAUUUCAGAGACAACGUACAUAGAAAAGUCGUUAGAUUCUUCUUGUAUUUCAUUCGAUUCGAGUGAUGCGUCUCAUUCGAACGUAAGCGUAUCAUUGUACGUAGAUCGACGAGCGUCCAUCGAUCGAUCGAUCGUUUAUCGAGGUAGACAUAAAGAGGGAAAAGAAAAUAUAUAUAUAAUAAAAAGACAAAAAAAAAGGGAGAAAAAAAAUAAAAUAAACAUUCCAAGUUUAGUCCGCGCGAACGAGUUUAGACAGUUUCCUAUCUAAGGUGACCUUUCUAAUGCCGUGCGCGUGCGAGUUGUUCGUUUUUUUUUUCUUUUUUAUUUUUUUCAUUUAUCUUCCUAAAAAGAAAGAAUGAAAUAUGUUGUGCGAUAAUAAAUAGAGGAAAAAGGCACGAGCGAUUUAUGUACAUUUAUUGUAAAAUAAUAUUCUACCUUCGAUGAUGCCAGCUCGUGUAGAUCGUCACCUAAUUAAUUCUAAGAAUAAUUAUUAUCCGGACGUGUGGCGAUCUUCAAGAAGAUUUCUCUCGCGUAGGUCAUACGUUUUAAUAUUAAGAACACGUUUGCACCUAACGAGAUUAUAUUGAAAUUCCAUUUGCGAUGCGAUUCGCGAAUACUUUGCGUGCCAACGAAAUCGUGAAUACCGUUUGCUCCGAUAAUACAUUCUUGAACAUGCCAUUUUCCAAGUAAACGGUAGAGUCAUGAGCGAUCAUCCGUGAUUGAUUUUUUUUUUCUUUUUUUUUAUUCUUCUUUCCUUUGUAAAAUUCUCAUCUAAACAGGAAGAAAUCAUAUUAGCUUAUUUAGAAUCAACUACGAACCAAUCAUCAACGAACAUAUCCUGCUUGUUCUCGUUUUUAUUCAGUCAGAAUUGGGUAGAAACGAAUAUCGCUCUUACAUAUCGAUUUUGAAAUAAUUUAACCAAUAAUGAAAAAUGAGCGUUAAACCUUUAUACACGUUUAUCAAGCGUUCAUUAAAUAUUGUAAAUUAUACUCUGUAUGUCGUUCAAGAGACAAUAUUUUAAGAUUCAUCGAGGAUAACUUUCGAGAGAAAGAUCGUAUUUACGAUUUCGAGGAUUAUCGGUCGUAAUACUUAGCGAUACGAGUAUGUAUGCGUAUUAUUGUGGUUGUAUGAGUGCGUGAGGAAAAGUGUACCGAAGAAAGAGCGUUCGAGCAAAUGCAUUUACAAGAAUGAUAACUUAAGAGGAUGUUAACAAAAAAAGAAAAAAAAGAAAAGAAAAGAAAGGAGAAAAAAGAAUGAAAGAAAGAAAGAAAGAAAGAAAGAAAGAGAAAGAGUGCGCGAGUAUCGCCCGUGUUCGUCCGAUUUUUGGCGAGUGCUUAAUUAUAUCAUAAGUAAUUAGUAAUUUCUCCAUGGUAGUCGUGACGAAAACUUUUUCAUUCGCUUCAUCCAAAAAAGAAGAAAAAGAAAUAAAAAAAAGAAAAGAGGAAAAAGAAAAAAAGAGGAGAAUAAAAGAAGGAGUAAAGUCGCAUGGACCAUUUUCAUCGAUAAAAGUGCGACGGAUCGGUCGAAGGGUUUUAAAUAAUUUUAAUAAAAGGAAAUAAAAAGAAGAUUUAUUUCUUUUUGUACGAGGUGACAAAUGGGCCGAUAUGUAAAUGGAUGCGCGUGUAAUUCGAAAGACAUUUAUACAGAUAGAUAUACAUAUAUUAUAUAUAUACAUAAAGUAUAUGUAUAUAUAUAUAUUAUACAUACGACAUUUCUAUAUUUGGUAAGGAUGUUGCAUAUCGCGUUAGAUGAAGAAGUUAAAACAAAAAGACAAGUUAUAUAGAACAUAUUUGAACGUUGCGACGAAGCUCGUCUUCCUUCGAUACGAUCUACGUCACGCGGAUAUAAAUAUUAAAUAUCGAACGUGCCUUAUUUCGUGUAUAUAUAAAUAUGAAUAUUGAAUUAAUAUUAUUAUUAUUAUUCAUCAUCUACGAAACGUCUAUCACAUAACCCUCUUGCAAGUAUUUGUGUUGAAUAAAGUCGAUGUGUUGUGUUUUAUGUUAUUACUAACGUAUAUCGAUCAUCGUUAUCAUCGUCAUCGUCAUCGUUAUCAUCUCAAUGUUAUCGUGCCAGUCAUCAUAGCACAUCCUCGUCUUCAUUGUCCACAAAUACACGAGCGAUUAUUAAGACCGAUGCAUUUAAUCGAUCAUUUUGACGUAACAACAUAUCUAUUUGCGUGUUAAAAAAAAAAAAAAAAAACAAGAAAAAGAAAAAUAUAGGAAAGAAUGGAAGAGAACAUGCGAGGGAAUUAACGAUAAAUGUAAUUAACGACGAUCUUUUCUUAGUAAAGAAAAUCAUCUAAUUGUCCUAAAAUGUAGAUACGUAUAUGUAAAUACAUCCUCACUUUUCAAAAUAAUCGAUCACCUCGGACGAUAUUAAAAAUCGUCAUUCCACAGAGAUCGUGUAAGAAGGUAGAAGUUUAUAUUUUGAAAAGAUCAUCUUCCAAUAAGAAAGAUCCUUUCCGAAAUGAUUUUUCUUAUCCUUCUACUCGUCCAUUGUUGCUCGAACGAAGGCCACCUAUCGAGCAGCUGAUAUUACCUCGCUUAUCGGGGUGGCUGCUACGGAAACGAGAAUGAAAUCGCUCGUUAUUCUCGCGCAGGCGUCGUCGUCGUCGUCGACGUCGACGUCGACGUUGACGACAACGUUCUCCCUCGACAUACUCUAGGGCGAUUCAUCGUUCAACUCGAUAUUCUAUGGUACAACAAACUCGAUAUAUCGCGUAAUCUAUUCUUCUUCCUACAUUCUUAUUUCAGAAUAUUUAUAUUUAUCUUAUCUUCGAUUGAUCUAAAUUUAUCAUCUCGUUCCAACUUUAAUCCGUUGUCCUUUUAUUAUUUUCGUCAGGCGACCGAUAUUUAACUCGACCUAUUGUUGAUUGUUUCUUUUUGUUGUUUAAUUUUUGAUCUAUCGAUACAUACAUACAUACAUACCUACAUACAUAUAUAUGUAUACAUAUGUAUAAAUAUGCAAUAUCAACGUUUUAUUAGAGAGAGAGAGUUCGAUCUCCUUGAAUUACUUUGAAACAUCUCAGAACCUAAAGAAAAUAUGAUAAAGAUCAUAAGGUCAGGUUUUUGAUAUUUUUGUCGGUAUUUUGUUAUGCACGGUCGACAUGUACUACUUGUUGCGGAACCAAGCGCUAUUGAUUACCGGAGAAGGAUAGGUGGUCGAAGAGAGACGACGCGUUUUCUACCACGUACGUGAAUGGCUGCGAUCUACACGGGUACGGAUUUUGAGCUUGACCCGGAUUCUCGUCGAGUUCACGUUUACCUUCACUUUCGUUACUCUCGCGUCAUAACCAAAUAUCUAUCGGCAAAAGAUUUGUCCAAGAGGGAUGCGAACGUCGUGGCAUUCUUAUUUUUUAUCUAAUUUCGAUGGUUAUCUAAAAAAAAAAAAAAAAAAGAGAACAAAUUUCUGACGUUAGCUUUUUAUCGAAUCUUUGUAUUAUAUGUAAAAAAAGAAAAAAAGAAAAGAAAACUUGCAAAAAAAAAAAUAUAUAAUGAAAUGAG